CGGAGGGAAAGAGGGAAAGUGUGUGUGACAGAGAGAGAGAGAGAGAGAGAGAGAGAGACGGGGAGGAGGACUGGAGGGGGCGGACUCAGCUCGCAUUUGCAGCGGGAUAUCCCGUUUACCUGCGUGCCUCCGAGCCUGCUCUCCUCCGCUUAUUGCCGGCGGACCCCCAGUAGGUGUGGGGCGGCGAGGUGGCGUCUCCGUCCUUUUCAACACGCUUUCCGUGCUCUUCAGAUCCGCGUUUCAUGGAAGCUCCCGUUCGGAUCCGGCAGCGUUAUGAGCCGCUGCUCUAAUCCGCCCUGCUGGCUGAGACUCGUACCCUCCGGCGAUAGAGGUGUGUGGGUAGGGGGUGCCUGCAUUGGGCCCUGCUCCCCUUAACGCCAUGGACACUCUCUGGACACUCCUGUAUGCCGCCCUGUGUCUCAGCCAGGCCCCGCCCUUCAGCUGCACCGACACAUCCCUGUCCUUCCGCUUGGAGCCGCUGUCCGUGGUGCAGAGGCCAGGGGGCCUCGUGCUCCUCCGCUGUGCGGCCCGGCAGCCCACAGCCCUCCUGUCCUGGCUCUUCCAGGGGCGCCCCCUGGAUUCCGGGUCAGCAGGGGGUGCCCUUCGCCUCCGGCCCGGCCUGCUCACCCUGCCCUCACUGCAGCACAGCCAGGCGGGCCGGUAUCAGUGUGUGGCACGCACAGAAACAGGGACCAUCGCCAGCCGGCUCGCCCGUGUCACCGUGGCAGAAAUGGCCGACUUCGCUGAGUCACGGCGACGUGCCGUCACAGUGGAGCAGGGGGGAGCCGUGCUCAUCGCGUGUCUGAUGCCCCCCAGCACCCCCCCCGCACUCCCCCGGCUGCGUGUGCGUGGGGAGUGGCUGGAGCAGUCCACAGAUGAAUAUUUAAUCCUUCCGUCGGGGAACCUUCAGAUUGCGUCGGCCUCCCCCCACCACCAGGGGGUGUACAAGUGCGGGGCCUACAACCCUGUGACUCAGGAGACGAGGCUGGAGACCCACGGCACCAAACUCGCUGUCAGGCAACCCCGGGGGCUCUCCCCUCUGCGGCUCAUCCACCCCCUGGUCCCCCAGACGCUCGUGGUCCAGCAGUCUAAUGACAUCACCCUGGAGUGCAUCCUGGAAGGAAGUCAGGCUCCUCAGGUCCGCUGGACCAAAGAUGGACAGGAAGUGGCGAUGGGGUCUAGCCACAGGAUGGUGCUAAACAACCUGCUGCUGAUGGGUGUGGGUCCGAGUGACAGCGGGACAUACCAGUGCUCUGCCAGCAGCCGCACGGGGGGCAUGGUCACGGCAAACUACACCAUCGUCGUUCAAGAACCCGCCUCCGUGACACAAGGCCUGACCGACCAAUCAGUGCCUGUUGGGUCUUCAGUCGUCUUCACUUGUGUGACAAAGGGAAACCCCUCUCCCAAUAUCACAUGGCUGUUCAACUCCGCCCCAAUCAUGCCAUCGGCCCGCCUCCAGAUCUUUGGCUCCUCCCUCCAUGUCUCUAAUGCCUCCGGUGAGGACCAGGGGAUGUUCCAGUGCCUGGUGGACAACGGGAUUGGAUCUGCCCAGUCGACUGGCAGACUCUCCAUCCUCUCAGCUCUGAGCUCCAGGCCACAGAUUUGGGCGCCCCCUUCAGGAGGGCACUUUCUGGAGGGGGCCCCGGUGUCCCUGUCCUGCAAUGCAAGUGGCCAACCUCUGCCUGUCAUUCACUGGUACAAUGCGGCCGGACCCAUCGCCAGCCACCCGUCCCGCCUCCUCCAGCCGGUAGAGGCCACGACCAGGGCCUUUCCUGACGUCUCCCCCUACGUCAUUGUGUCUCGGCCGGGCAGCAGUUUACUCUUCAUCCAGGCUGUGAGUGUGGCCCAAGCGGGAAAGUACACAUGCGAGGCCUCCAACAAGCUGGGCUCCGUAACGGCCGAGGCAUCUCUCUUCGUGGGGCCUCCGGCCAGCAGCACGGUGGGUCCCACGUCGAGCACGCCGCUUCCCAACAGCCCCGUCCAAAACGACGAAGGGGAGGAGCCACCGGGCCAGGAGGAAGGGCCGUCGUACGAGGUGGACACGCCCGCUGAAAGACCGAGCGACCUGCCCACCCCAGAGGCUCCCAUCAUCACAAGCCCCCCCCAGACACACAGGCAUGAUGCGUAUGACCUGCAGUGGCGGCCGGGGAGAGCCUGGGGACGCCCCAUCCACGCUUACUUCGUCCGCUACCGUAAGCUGGACGAUCAAACCAACGUGGCAGGCAGCUGGCAUACGAUCCGUGUUCCUGGCAGCGAGAAGAGCCUGCGGCUCUCGGACCUGGACCCGCCCCCAGAACGGAACGCCCCCUCCAGCAAGAGUCCCUCGAAGGUGCCCUUCCUGGCUGUGCCUGAGAAGUCCCAGGAGCGUGACAGCUCCAGCACACACUUCGGGGUGGUGAUGCACGACAGGGUCCCCGAGGCCCCGGAUCGGCCCACCAUCUCCAUGGCGACGGAGAGUUCCGUCUACGUGACGUGGAUCCCCAGGGCCAAUGGGGGCUCACCCAUCACGGCGUUCCGCGUGGAGUACCGACAGCAGAACCGCGGUGCCACUUGGCUGGUGGCGGCUGACAACAUCUCCCCGCUCAAGCUGUCGGUGGAGGUUCCAGACCUAGAGCCGGGCUCCUCUUACCGCUUCCGCGUCGUCGCCCUGAAUAUGUACGGCGAAAGUCCCCACAGUGCCCCCUCCAGGCCAUACCAGGUGUCUUCGGCCAGCCCGCCGUUAACUGUGCGCCCGGUGGCUGGCCCCCACAUCUCUUCCACGGAUGCCAUCAGUGACACGCAGAUCAUGCUACGCUGGACAUACACCCCCUCCAGCAACAACAACACCCCCAUCCAGGGCUUCUACAUCUACUACCGGCCGACGGACAGCGAUAACGACAGCGAUUACAAGCGGGAGGUGGUGGAAGGCAACAAAGAGUCGCACCUGAUUGGCCAGCUUCAGCCUGAGACAUCGUAUGAUAUCAAGAUGCAGUGCUUCAACGACGGGGGGGAGAGUGAAUACAGUAACGUCAUGAUCUGCGAGACCAAAGCCCGCCAGGCCCCAGGCGCACCCCCCGAACACCCCAUCACCCCGUCGGGCCCGUACCUGCCGGCGGCCUCCAUGCCAGCAGGGGGCCUGCUCUACCUGAUUGUGGGCGGCGUUCUGGCCAUCAUGGUCUUCAUCCUGCUGGUCUUCAUCGUCAUGUGCCUGUGGAGGAACCGGCAACAGAGAACCGUCCACAAGUUCGACCCCAACGGGUACCUGUACCAGCCCCCGGAGAUGAAUGGUCACAUGAUGGAAUACACCACCCUGCCCAACGGGGGCCACUCCAAUGGAUAUGGACAUGGUGGCUCUCUGCCGCCCCCUGCCUGCCACCACUUGCACCACAAGCUGCCCAAUGGCGUGACUCUGCUGAAUGGCUCGCCGGCCCACUACCCUCACGACCACGCCCACUCUCACCAGCCGCCGAGUGGAGGCAGAGUCUACGUGCCGUCGCAGCCGGAGUCUGUGGACUGCACAAGCUGCCAGAACUUCUGUAACAACAACAGGUGUUACACCAAAGCCAACGGAGCGUUCCCUGGGGGCACUCACCCCAUCGUUCACCGUGCCUCGCCGUGCGCACAGGACGGCCUGGAGCUACUUCCCCUGGCUCACAUGUCCCCGCCCACCAACGGCCCCGACAGCCAAUGGCAUGUCAGGGAGGGCGACCGAGGGAGUGUGGGGGAGCCAGACGAAGCCCAGGCGACUCUACCCUCUUCCCAGAAUUCCUGCUGUCAGUCAUCAAAGGAGGGAGAGCGGGGCAGUCGCUGCGGGGGGGCGGACGACCCUUUGCGCUGCUGGGAGAGCCGGGAUCUGCCCAAGCUGGACCAGAGUGGCUGUGCAGGGCGCCACCUGCAGGCCGCUGAGUGACACAGCGGGAGCCAGGGGACCAAGGAAGGAGAGCUCCCUGGCCGUGCGGGAUCAGAGGCAGAGACACAGACUGUGAGCUAAGGACAGGGAGGAGUGGGAGGGGGUACCAUACCAGGACCGGAACCCACAGAUGGGGGAGGGGAUUUUUUUAAAAGAACAAAAACCUUUUAGAUGCCCUAUUUAUUUUUUUGUAGUAGUAAAAUAUAAUUUCAUAUGAAUGUAUCUGUUUUAAGAAAAAAGUUUCUUUUAUAUUAUUUAUGCUUUUUGAUGAAAAAUCCUUUUAUUUUUUGUUUUUCAUUGUGUUUUUCAUAAAGUGUGGAUUUUAGCCCUCGUGUAAAGUUUUGUAAUAAUACAAAGAUAAACUAUGGAAGAGAGAGACUUUCUAUUUUUGUUUUAUCCCGACGCAAAAAGGACGGUGAAAUUUCGGCGCCCACUCGCCGACUCAGCGUGUCACGUUUUCACAUCUCGUUCUAUAUGAUGUGAUCGUUCCUGUGUAAAUGUUUUACUGUGACUGUGGGCGUCGACAAUCGGGUCUCGGAGGGAUAGCAUGGGGCUAACACAAAUGACGGCGGACACAGGUGGGAUUGGGUCUGAUCCCAGGCUGUGAAAUCAAAACUGUUACCCGGGUCUAUGAUUGGCUGCAGGCCGCUGGUCACCUUUUGGGUCAGUGACCAUAUGACAUAUAGAUUCGCUUGGGUCAAAAUGUGACCCCUCGGGCAUAAUCGUGACUCGAACAUGCUCGUUCACUGCAGAACAUUCUCCUUCCAUCGCUUCUUUUACAGCAGCCGAAAGUCAUUUGUGUAACUCGACUGUUUAUCUGUUUUUCUUCCUAGUCUGGCUUCAAGGAUCUGUGACCACACAAUUUGUAAAAUUCCAUUAUGUGACCAAACAGUGAAAACAAGGCAAAUUCCACAAUGUCAUUUCAGUCAAAUGGCUUCCUGACUGCAGAAGAAUGACUCAUCGUAAUAAACGUAUUGCUGAAA